GCCAUUUAGAAUUGUUGCCGUAUUAAAUGAAUUGACAUUGCAUGCAAAGAAGUCGUACAGGACAGGGUAGUAUGGAAUUAUAGCACUCUACAAACAGUUUACAAUGGCAUCCGAUACCCAGUCAUCAAUAAACAUUUCAGCCUGUUACACGCACAUCAUUAGUUAAGUGUAAAGUGCUUGUGUUCCAAGAUAAACACACCCUCAUUCAUCAAGUCAAUCAGUGCUAAAUAGCAGCCUAAUAGGUCACUGUAUUUCAGGUCCUUGCAACUGUACAGCAGCUAUACAGGGGUUGAUCAUGUAUACUUAUUUGACUGUGUGUGUGCCUAUAGCCUAAAUUCAGUGCUUGACUUUGACUUCAAUAGGUUCCGGUACUCCUUUUGGGUGCUGGAACUGUUUAUAUUAAGGUGCAGAAGCUCUAUAAGAGUAUUCUAUAAGAGGAACAGGAGCUCAAGCAGUAGAGCUCCUGCCCAAGUCAAGCACUGCCUAAAUUACUUAUUGAUACAGUUGGCUUGGAUACAGACAGUAAAUAUGGGGGUGAUUCAUGUAAACCGGGGCAGUUUGAAGGUAGGAAUAUAUGUAAUUUGGAAUGGCACGAUAAAAAAAAUGGCCUGACCCUAACAUUAAAAUGGAAGGGGGAAAUGUAUCAGGUGGCGGCUGGUAACCUAGUGGUUAGAGCGCUGGGCCAUUUGCCGGUGUUUGCUAGAUCGAAUCACUGAGCUGAGAAGUGGCAGAACUGUUGUAAUUGACUUGGUGGGGGGUGAUGGCGUCAUUUCGUGCCCUGGUGUACCCUCCCGUGCUCGAAAGUAGAAGGGAGAAGCAUCUUUAGCAGAGGCGAUCGUGGCUCCCAGGGCCGGGCUCGAGUACCGCCAAGCCGGACACCUCACGCCGGAAAAUAUGGAGGCUGUGGCCGAGGAGCUGCGGGCCGGCUCUCGGAUUCCUGUCACUGUUGAUCAAAUAGUUAACGAUACACUAGUAGUGACGCUUACCUAUCAAGAAAGGUGCUACAUGGGGAUAUUACUCGAUUGCAACAAAAAGACUGGGCUUUUCUGCCUACCGGAUAUCACAACAAAGCCAGUGGAAUGCCCUGCAUUGAAACCUGGUUGUGAAAUCCCUGAAGUCCUGAGAGAGGAACCUGUUACUAAACCUCCCAGCCAGGCUUCACAUCAUAGACCAAAGGAUGAAAACACGCUCCCUGAAAAUGACCCACUAGGUGCCCAUCUCCCAGCCCCUCUGCCCACAACAGUGCCUGCCGGGCACGGUCCAUACCCUCCAUAUUUUGAAGGAGCUCCCUUCCCUCAGCCCAUUUGGGUGCGCCACAGCUAUGGUCAAUGGGUACCUCAGCCACCUCCACGGACCAUUAAAAGGAAGAAGAGGCGGACCCGAGAGCCCGGGCAGAUGACCAUGAGCACCAUCAGACUCCGCCCCCGGCAGGUGUUGUGCGAGAAGUGUAAGAACACACUGAACAGUGACGAGGACAGUAAGGACGGGAUGCCCACAACCAAGGCUUCCAGGAAAGAGAACGCUCCACAGAGCGAUGAAGACUCCAAAGACGGGUCUAUGAAGUUGACCAGGAAAGAGGAUGCAGAUGCCACCAAGGAUAACGGCAAGAGGCGGGAGAAUGGCCCCACCGGCUAUGACAGCAAGCGGCUCCGGAAGGACAAGAGGGAUGAGGAACCAAAGUUCCCUGCAGUGGACAUCAUUCCCCACAGCCCGGUCAUCAAGAUCUCCUACAGCACUCCGCAAGGUAAGGGCGAGGUGAUGAAGAUCCCAGCUCGGGUCCACGGCUCUGUCAAGCCCUUCUGCCCUAAGCAGCUGAUGCAAAACGGCCUAAAAGGCCAGCUGGGCAAGGUGCCCGAGCCCACCACCCUAACCCAGACCCAGGAGCAGCGCCACAUCCUGGACGCCACCAGGACGGGCCUGACCGUGUCCAUUCCCAAACUCAAGCUCCCCAGACCACCAACGGCUGGCCUGGACUUCCCCUCCCCCAAGAUUCGAGUGAGGACCCUGGGGGACGGAGAGGACAGCCUGACGGUCUACGAUGCAGAGCUGGUAGAGAGGCAGAGCAGAAAGAGCCUCAGGGUCCCGGUCCCUCGUCCCCUGCCCCACUCGGAGGACUCUGGGGAGAAAACCCCCAUGGAGCUGUGGUCGGGGAGCUCUGGAGAGGAGGCAGACCGAGGCCAAAGUGACCUUGCGCUGCUCAUCAACCUUCGCAAGAGGAAAGCGGACUCCUCCAGCCUGUCCGUGUGCAGCACAGACAGUCUAGAUGAAUCCAAAUCCUUCAGCUCAGAUGGCACGUCCCCAGAGCUGUGCGACCUAGCGCCUGGCGAGCACAUCUCCAUGUCCUCCUCGAUCUCACAAGACGACAGCAAGACUGUGCCGCCACUCACCGUGCGCCUGCACACACGUAGCAUGACCAAGUGCGUGACUGAGGAGGGCCACGCGGUGGCCGUGGGAGACGUCGUGUGGGGGAAGAUCCAUGGGUUCCCCUGGUGGCCGGCGAGGGUGCUCAGCAUCAGCGGCAACCGCAAAGAGGAGUCUAACUGCGAGGUCCAGUGGCCAGAGGCCAAGGUGGCCUGGUUCGGCUCGCCCACUACCUCCCAGCUGUCCGUUGCCAAACUCUCCCCCUUCCGGGAGUUCUUCAGGUCGCGAUUCAACCGCAAGAAGAAAGGGAUGUACCGGCGAGCCAUCGUGGAAGCUGCCAAGGCCGUGGGCCACAUGAGCCCCGAGAUCACCUCUCUACUCACCUCUCACUGCGAAACAGGCUGAAGGCGGAAGAAUGGUCUUCUGUCAGAGGUUGCGGAUCUCUGACUCUUGAGUCAUCUAUCCCCAGGAGAGCGGGAGCGUGUGCAGUUUCCACGGUCACUAUUUAUACAGCAUUUUCCCAACCCCACAUGGCUGGAGGAAAAUGGCUGCUCAGGUGGAAUGUUGUUGACUGGAUAAGGGAGCAAGAAAGGGCAAUUUUGAGGCAUCUCAUGGACUACACGGAACAAUUCCUCAAUUUUUUAAUUUUAUUUUUUAGAUGUAACCACAUUUCAAUAGAACUGAAUAGCAACAUGCUACAAAUCAGAAUGUAUUUAUUAUCUGUAACCAUUUAUUAUCCAUAACGAUUUAAGUUGACCGUUCUACAAUCCCCAUGAGAUCUCCAUACUGCUGCUUUUGUGAACAGUCCUCUCGACCGAUUGGUCGCGAAGCGGUUCAACGACAACCAGUCAGAGGACCUUGUCAAGUCCGUUCAGUCCCAGUGCCAUCCUCAUCGGAAGCCCAGCAACUCUUUUCGAAUAGACCAGGAAGCAUAUCCACAACAUUUCUGGUGAAAAGUCUUACUCUUUUAAGUUCAUUACUUUCCAAAUAUGAAACUGUGAAACUGUUCCAUCCAGAGAUAGUACUGUAGUUUAUUCUAUCAUACAGUGUUUCAUCUUUGUAGCCUUCUUCAGCGUUGCUAGUUGGAUACGUCGAUGUAACGUUAUUUAUACGUUGUUUUUUUUUUCAAACGUUUCUCUCUUCCAUUUCAGUUUGGUUUGAAUACUUCAGAAGUGUGGUAUCUAUGGGUUAUUUGUGAGCGAUCCCAGAGUUAAUUUUGACUCACUUUUAAUUAUUUGUGUCAUGUAAAGAAAAGCACUUUAUCUGUACCUUUUGUGGCCUGCUGUAAGCUCAUUGUCCGAACACUAACUGGAGUUACAGCACUGACAGGCAGCGGGAGUUCAAAUGUCCCACGUUGACUAUCCAUGGCCUUGGAGAUGUACUUAAAAAAAAAAAAAUUAAAAAAGGUUUUGGGAUGCCAGAGAUUGAUCCUUUCAGGGGUGGUUGUGUACACUGUAUUCUUGCAUUUUUGUCUCCGGUGUGUCUUUGUACAUUCUCUCAACCCACCCCAGUUCUAUCCCCGUCAAAUGUUUCCACUGGAGAGAGUGGACAAAAGUGUCAAACACUAUGCAUCAAUUAAAGCUUUAUGGUCACUCAGAAAUGCUGUAAGAAUACUGUGAAUUCAACUCUUUUGAGUGUGCGUGUGAAGGUGUGGGGAGAUGGGUGGCUGCUCACUACUGGCUACAUGUCUGGAGAUGGAGAAGACUGCAGGAUCGACCUUUAUUGAUCUUAGUUGAACGCAGCACUAUUUGGAAUGUAGGGGGGAAGGAAGGGGAGUCGGGACAUACUACAUGGCCAAAAGUAUAGGAACAUUCUUGGAAUUGGUGUAUUCGGCUAUUUCAGCCACAGCCGUUGCUGACAAGUGUAUACAAUUGAGCACACCGCCAUGCAAUCUCCAUAGACCGACAUUGGCAGUUGAAUGGCCUUACUGAAGAGCUCAGUGACUUUCAACGU